CAUGGUCUAGGUUGAAAAGGGUGUCGUUUAAAAAGUGAUAUACUACACCUAUAAAAAGACGUUCCGUUCGAAUUGCCUGAUGACAGUUCUAAAUCACUGUGCUGGCUCAAACGCUAGUUGGUAACCAAGGCAGCAUUAUCAACAAUCAACUUAUCGACAUUCCACAGCGUUGCGAUAAAGAGCUGAAAAAACUAACGAUUUUAGCUCUAAAACUCAUUUAGUAUUAAUAAUUGAUUUCAUAUUUAUUUAUUUCCUAAGUGACCAUGGUAUAAAAGGGAUAAUGCCCUUCCAUGCGUCCAUUAUCAGAAAUAACUCCGCUUUAACCCUCUCUGAUUGUACUACAUCUCCCGUGUUUCCUACGAUGAACGCAAAGCCUCAUGGGAAGUCAAAACGGAUCCUUCCAUUUCCUGUCAGGCAGACUUGUUUCUACACCGAAAAUAUCUCGCUGUUGCUGGUAGUACAUAUUUUAUGCCGGCAAGAUAUACAAAGCGUGCUGUUUAGCUUUAGCAUAACGAAAUAGUUCUUUUUCGACAUCGUUUCUGAUGCAGAUAAACUACUCGCUGCUAGAUGGUGCGCAGCGCAACCUUAAAAGGGCAACCAAAGAGUGGCGUGUGGGACCCGCCUGAUCACACCAUACCAGUGGAGCGCAAUUGACCGUUGUAGGUGAGAGGCGGUUGCCAUGGCAUCCUCUAAGGAUGCUGUGAGGCGUCAGAGGCGGAGAGAGCUGGACGCAAGGCGGAGCAAAUCACGUGUGCGGCUGGGAGCAUGUCUCCCACACUGGGGUAAACUGAAGGACAGCCUGGGGUUCACGCUGCAUUCAGAGCUGGCUCAAUAUCUACUGGAGAGCUACAUCUCUAAGGCGUCCGCAAAAUGCUCAUGCUCUAGAGAGGAGUCGGCCAUCAUGGCGUCAGUGGAGGCGCUUCACAGGCUGGUACUGCUGGUCCACAGCCAUGGGCAGCACUGCCCGCACCCCCCCUCCCUCCAGCAGGGCGCGGUCACUGCAGGGUCCACCCCGUGCCCAGAGCAGAGCCGGGCGCCGCCCAGCGGGACGCCUGAGCUGGGCACUAACGCCAACGUUGGGUCAGAGAGUGGGCCCACGUCCACGGGAGUUGGACCGGCAGAAUCCCCGGAGGUGAUGGAGGGGGAGCUCUGCCUGAGCUACGCGUGCGAGAGUGGCCAUGUUUUCUCCUGGAGCCCAAAGGCAGCACCACUGGGGGGCGAGGGGAGUGGAGGAGGAGGGGGGGCCACAGGCGCGGACACGAGUCUCACUGCAGACGCCCCCAGGGGCCCGAGUCUCACUGCAGACGCCCCCAGAGACACGAGUCUCACUGCAGACGCCCCCAGGGGCCCGAGUCUCACUGCAGACGCCCCCAGAGAGGGGGGGCCGAGGGGAAACGGGGUGGACGAGGGGGGGGCCAGAGUGGACGAGGGCUCUGUCAUGAGGACCAGGAGUCGCACGGUGGCGGGGACAGAGAUGCCGACGUCGCAUCAGGCAGCGCAGGGGGCAGAGGAGGGUUCAAGGGGACAGGUGGAGCGCCCAGGUCACACCGCAGAGGAAGCAAGCACCAGAGAGGGCAGUGGCCCGGUGGACACAGACGCAGGAAACGUUGCCGUGCCAACAGGAUUUCCUCAAUCAUCACAGCCCUGCACUGAGUCAGCCACACUAUCUAAAGUGGCCAAUGUGACCCCUAAUAAGAGGACAGACCCUUCGGACCACAGCAGCCUGGCUGCAGGACCAGUCUCUCGCACCACCAGCAGGACCAGCGUGCCAAGCGACGAGGUUCCUCUAACUGGGGGCAAAAGGAAAAGGAAAGCAACCCCCAAAGAAAUACUGCUGUGCACCUAUGAGGGCUGUGAAAAGAUCUUCUCCAAUCGACAGUACCUCAACCAUCACACGAAGUACCAGCAUGUCCAGCAGAAGACCUUCAUCUGUUCCCACCCGACCUGUGGAAAGUCCUUCAACUUCAAAAAACACCUCAAGGAGCAUGAGAAGCUGCACAGUGACCAGAGAGACUACAUCUGUGAGUACUGUGCUCGAGGCUUUCGCACUAGUAGUAACCUGCUCAUCCAUCGACGUAUCCACACAGGAGAAAAGCCACUACAGUGUGAGGUGUGUGGUUUCACCUGCUGCCAGAAGGCCUCACUGAACUGGCACAUGAGGAAGCACAACGCGGAGAGCUCGUACCAGUUCCCCUGCGACAUCUGUGGCCGCCGCUUCGAGAAGAGGGACAACGUCACCGCUCACCGGAGCAAGAGCCACCCCGAUUACCCGGCCAGUGCCGGGGCUUCCAGUGCCCUUUCUGCCCCAGUGGCUUCCACUGCCCCCUCUCCAGCCCCUACAGAGGUCUGUAUCACCUACCAAGGCUGCUGAGAGGCCAUCAGAAAAGAAGGCUCACACUGAAACAUCAGAACCCUCCAAAGGCCAGCGUCCCUCGGCCCCUUCCCCAGCUUCUCCCCGCGCCGACACGGUAACAUGGACACUACUGGAAUGACUGCUGAAAGCGAAGCAUCUGCAUCAAACUCCCCAGGACCUCAGCAGUCAGAUGGAGUCUUUGAACACGUACAUGAGCACAUACAAGACCCCCCCCCACACACACACACACACACACACAUCCUACAGAGCAGAUGAAAAAGGUGGUAGGGAUAGCCACCAUAUUCAAAAAGUCUUUUCAGUGCAAUCAGUCAUUAUUUGGUGACUGCGUCAUUUGAAUACCUGUGUGCAUGCAUUAAGUCUUCUCCUCAGAUUUUAUUACAGACUAUUUACAGGCCUCCAAAACAUUCAGCUAAAGUGUUUCUUCUACAGUUAGGUGAAUUGUUGUCAGCCAUUUGCAUAAAUUUCAACUGUCUUAUUGUAUCAGGGGAUCUAGACGUGCAUGUGGAUAAUCCUGAAAACACUUGCCAAUGAAUGAGUUGUGCUAUUUGAUUCCUUCUACCUAACACACUCUCUUGGCCAUA